CUGAAGGGGUUAAGAGGCUGGACCAGCCACUUCAGCCUGCCCCUCCCAGGGAUUAAGAGUCCUCUAUAAAGGGGACUGUCCACCCAGAUCAGGCCAGGGGGGUAUCAGGGACCCAGGCAUUGUGCCCAUCCCCCCUGCCAUGUGGGAACUAAGGUCAGCCUCCUUCUGGAGGGCCAUAUUUGCUGAGUUCUUUGCCACCCUCUUCUAUGUCUUUUUUGGACUGGGGGCCUCACUACGUUGGACCCCCGGACCCCUGCAUGUCCUGCAGGUGGCUCUGGCCUUUGGCCUGGCCCUGGCUACGCUGGUGCAGGCUGUGGGCCACAUCAGCGGAGCCCAUGUCAAUCCUGCAGUCACUUUCGCCUUCCUUGUGGGUUCCCAGAUGUCUCUGCUCCGGGCCUUCUGCUAUAUGGCAGCCCAACUCCUGGGAGCUGUGGCUGGGGCCGCCGUGCUGUACAGUGUCACCCCGCCUGCCGUCCGAGGAAACCUAGCCCUUAAUACGUUGCACCCUGGGGUGAGUGUGGGCCAGGCCACCACGGUGGAGAUCUUCCUGACGCUCCAGUUUGUGCUCUGCAUCUUUGCUACAUACGACGAGAGGCGCAAUGGCCGCCUGGGAUCUGUAGCCCUGGCUGUUGGCUUCUCCCUCACCCUGGGACACCUCUUUGGGAUCUAUUAUACUGGUGCAGGCAUGAACCCUGCCCGCUCCUUUGCUCCUGCCAUUCUCACCAGAAACUUCACCAACCACUGGGUAUACUGGGUGGGCCCAAUCAUUGGAGGGGGACUAGGCAGUCUCCUCUACGACUUUCUCCUCUUUCCCCGGCUCAAGAGUGUUUCUGAGAGACUGUCUAUUCUCAAGGGCGCCAGGCCCAGUGACUCCAAUGGACAACCAGAGGGCACUGGGGAACCUGUUGAACUGAAGACCCAGGCCCUGUGAAAACUCCAGUUGGCUAGAGGGAGUAGGAAGCUUCUGGGUUUACUCAGAGGGGCUAAGCCAACCCCUGGACGACUGGGGGAGGGACAUAUACUUCUUUAUUUUUUAAUUUAUGUGUGUUUUUUUUUUUCCCCCUUUUGCUGUGUGAAAUCUUUCAAGUUGCAUUCAUGAGCUGGUUUGUGCAAACUUCCCUUCCUCCCCAUCCCACCUCUCUUCGCCGCUGUGUGUAUGAUUGUGCGUAUGAAUGGUAUGAAUGUGAGUGAAUGUGGCUGUGUCUGAGUUUUGGGGCACAGCAGGAGAGGUAGGGAAGGGAAAAAAGGUAUCACCCUAUACCUUACUCUCCCAACCCACUGUGGUGAGCACAGGGAACCAAGACCUUUCAGCUUCUGGCCUUCACCCUGCUGCCAGUCAAGUUUAUUAUGGCCCUAGGUUUAUGCGGGAGCAGGGAAGCAGGGGAUACUCCUCACAGGAGGCAGAUGGAGACAUGGCAUUCCAAGGGUUGGGAGAAGGGGCUGAGGGCAGGGAGAGAGAAAAUGGAGGCAUGAGCCCCAUACCAGGUUGCAGUUGUACAAAAAAAAUUGGGAGAAGUUAAUGGAAGAGUGUAGCCAACUUGGGGAUGCUUGCCCCGGGGACUUGGGUGGGGAAGUAGCUCUGAGAAAAGUGGCAGGUGGGAUUUGAACUGUUGGGUAAAGCCACAUAAACUUGUCUACAUCCACCAGCUGGGUUUUGUGUUCAUUCUGGUAUGACGGAUCUCUUUCGCAGGCCCUGGGCCAGUGAGCUCCCAAUCUAAACAAGGAGUAGGGUGAGCCUAGAACCUAGAAAAUUUAAAUAGUUUAGCAGUUCUACCAGACAUACCCAGAGGUGCCUCCAGGCAACUGGUACUUAAGCCAAAGGAGAGCUCCCUAAGGUCAAAACAGGAAAUCUGGUGCCCAGAGCAAAUGUAGAGGUAGGGGUGGGGGGCCGUAGGAGGGAGAGGCUUUGAUCCUGAGUUUUAAUUUCGUUAGACCGGAUCAGAAACACUCUUCAAAUGGUAUCUUUCUGCUUUUACCCCUAGUUUUAUAGUCUUCUUUAUUUUCCUUUUUUGUGUGUGUCUUCUCACUUUUCUCUCGUGUGUCCUUUCAACAAAUCUCUUAAAACUCUCUUCAUAUCCCCAAAAUUGACUCCUUCUAUUCAAAUGCUUAAUGAUUCAGAUUAUUAUUCGUCUGAGCCCUAUCUUCUUUUGUCAUCAGCAAAAUACACUCAUCUCAGCAGAGUCCAGAGGAGAUCCUCAACUUACCAAUGAAUAUUUAUUGUUGUUCUCUUCCUUUUAGGAGCCAGCUCGCUUCGCAAGCUUUAAAACUAUAUCUCUAGCUUGGAAGACCACUCUAGCCCGUAGCUCAACUCUCCACUUCCUCCCAAAUAAAGCCUAAUUUUUCUAACUAACCAUUGAGACUUUGGAAUAAUCCACUUGACUAGGCGGGGGGUGAAUGUUUGUAAAUUUACCUCUAAUCGGGCUUUGAUCCCUAUUAUCUUAGCAGAAAAUUUAUAGCGCUGUGGUUCUUAGCUCACCAUAGGGGAUCAGCUCAGAUCAAACAGUACCUGUACUCGCUUCCCUUUUCCUUACUUCAUCACCACCACCACCAUCCCUCCCCACCCCGCGGCUCGGUUGGGGUUACAUGGACCAGCCCGGCUCG